AGAAAAUACUGAAAUAGAAUUCAGUUGACAGGUCAUCUGUAUUCUUUUUUUCUUUGCAUAUGCUGAUUUGCUCCCUCGGGUAUCAGGUGCAUGAGGGAAAAUGUAUGCGGAGCGUGUUUUGUGCAAAGAUGCAUUGUCUUUGCACAACUGAAGAACGCUGUGCUGGUGUCACACAGGAGCUGGGGAGAGGGUACAAGAGGUUGAGAGGUGAACAUGUCCUGUGUAGUAGGGAAAAUAAUGUGUUAACUGGUGGUGGUUUUAGUAUGAAGAUUGCAGUAAUGCCAUCAUGCAAGAGAUGUGUAGCUGCCUCUAGUUCUUAUUUUUAUUGGUUCUGAAAAAAGUGUUUCAGACAUCACUUUAGUAUUACUCAAUUCUGUUGAUUUCCUCCUGUCACAAAAGACACAGUCAUGGGUACAUUGUAUUCUUUCAGUUCUCAGUUAGUAGGAAAAGUGUGUAAAUAGAAUGGUUGUUACUGUUCUACUUCCUCUGUUCCCGAGAACCCAGGUCCAGCCAGCACCCCGUUGUGUUGCUGUAACAUCACCAGUUACAUAGGGAAAAAUGGCAAAAACCACACAUGCCAAACUUUUUUCCUCAAAAGCCUAGAGAAGAGAUGGGAUGGGGGAGGAGCUUGGAACAAAUUCACCAUUUACGGUCACGAUGUAUCAAAAUAUUUCUGCUGCAAUGAGCAGCUUAAUGUAAACGGUGAGUUUAGAUUUAAAUAAAACAAACUUCCUUUUUCCUACUACAAAAGUACAGCUGCUGUAAAGUACACAGAGUGCCAUGUGUCACAGAGGAGAAAAGUACUAAACCUGUUGAUGUUAAAACAGUUCAUAACAGUAGCAUGCUCUCGGGUACAUGAUUUAAGAUACAAUUUAGACUAUUCUGUGGAUGAUAUUGUUAAUUUUAAUUGAGGGUAUGGUUGUGACUAGUUGCUUGUUCAGAACCAUCUUUCCUCCUCACAAUAGACCCUGUUCUUCUGCAUAACAUCUGAAGUGUUUCUGUGGACACUUUUGUAUCAAAUUAGCCCAGAUUUUAAUUUUACAGUGUAAACCCUUUUUUUUUUUUUCUUUAAUUUCCUGAAUUCUGUUUAAUUUUUAUGUCAUAAUCACAAAAUUAAACUCAACGUUGAGAGUUCCUUAAGCUAUUUUAGGAUUGGAUAUGUAAAAAAAAUAGAUGGUUUUUUUGACACAAAAACAUAAAUGAUGAUUUGUUGGUGUCCCUAAAAUACAGUAGUGACAUGAUGAGAUUGUGUCACUUAAAAGUAAUGCAUGGCAUUGAGUGAAGAUUUCUUAUAUGACAAAAUGAAUGUUCAGGAUUUGCAUAAUAUUAUACAAAUUGGCUGAAGAAAUUUAAAAUGUCAUCAACUCUGAAAAUUAAUUAAUGAGUAAAUGAGGAUAGUUUUUGCAGGUAACUGAUUUCCUUCAAACUGCUGAUGAAAACCUGAUGUAACAGAACACAAUGUGGGGGGGGAGACUUUUAUCUGCCUAAAAGCUUUAAAUACGCAACUUGUGUUUCAUGGAGAAAUUUAUUCAGUCUUUUGUAGAGACAAUCUUCUGUAAACUUGCACACUGAAUUUUUGUAAUAAACUUAGAAGAACAUGUUUAGUUUUGACUGAACAAUUUCACAUACGUUUUGUUAGAUUUUUCUAAAAGAUUGUAUCCGGCUGAAUUUGUGUACGAAGAAUUUAACAAAACACUUAGAUGUCUGCUUUAACAUGUGAUUUAUAUAUAAUGACAGGAACAUUCUAAUGUUGGGAGCCUAAAAUUAGAACUCCCAGCUGCAUGCUGGGCUGCAGGUGCACGUGUGCAUCACAGACUUCAGUAUCUGCUGCUUGGUUUGUAUCAGUGGGCAUGAUACAGGAAUUUCCCAAGGCUGUUAAAUUUUAGAGAACAGGAGGUGUAGCGACUGUCAGUGUUGCAUUUUGCAUCUGCGCAGAGAGAGAGGAGAAAGGCAACAGGAGAACUGGAGUCAUUGUGAGCUUGUAGCCAUGCAAAAGGACGGGUAUUUGGACUUGCCGCUUAGGUGUGCACAGAGCAGUGUUAUUGCCUGCAGCAUGUGGCAAACCUUUUUUGCUGGAGGGGGUAGGAUUUUGGAAAUGCAGUGCGGCUGAACCCAUGGAAAACGUGAGCCGGGAGAGAUAUGCCAAUAUUUGGUCUUUGCCCGUCUCAUGAUGAUUUCUAUUUGGUGAUGUGUAACCACUGUAAUCAGGUCGUAAAACCACAGGCAUUUCAAUCACAUUAUGAAAGAAGACACAGCUCCUCUAGCAAGCCGCCUUUGACUCCUCCCUCUUCUUCAGUAUUUUCCCUCAUUUCAUCUCUCCCUUCAAAAAACAAAGGUAGCAGUGGAAGUGGGAGCAAUCGUUCAUCCAGUGGAGGUACUAGUGCAUCAUCAUCAAAUUCCAAGUUGUUGAAAUCACCCAAAGACAAGCUGCAGAUCAGCGGAAACAACAAGUUAAUGCAUCCGGUACAGCAUAGCAAAGUUCCCCAUGAUAAAAUUAUGACUCCAUCUGUCAAAGUGGAAAAGAUUCAUCCAAAGAUAGAUGGUGCCCAACUGAAAGCUGCUGUUGGUCCAACUUGUUCUACUACUGUGAGUUCCUCAAUAAAGACUGGCCUUAAUUGUCCCUCAAUACCAAAGCCACCCUUGCCUUCCCCUGGACAGAUACUGAAUGGUAAAGGUCUUCUCUCUGUGCCUCCAUUUUUGGAAAAGAAACCUGAAGAAAAUACAAAUAAUAGGAAAUUUUUACAUAAAAGAUUGUCAGAGAGAGAAUUUGAUCCUGAUAUAUACUGUGGUGUCAUUGAUGUGGAAACCAGGAAACCUUGCACUAGGUCUUUGACAUGCAAGACACAUUCCUUAACCCAGCGGAGGGCUGUACAGGGUCGAAGAAAACGAUUUGAUGUGUUAUUAGCCGAGCACAAAAGCAAAACCAGGGAAAAGGAACUUCUUCGACAUUCGGAUCAUCAUCAGCAGAUGCCCCCUCUCAGGGAACCACAUCCAUCACCUACGAAAACUUCCCAGGAGCUGCACCAAAAUUCUCAUGGAGUUACUCUUACAGAGUCAAAGCCUUUAUUACCUAAUAAACCCAAACCUCACCCCCCCAGUCUUCCAAGGCCUCCAGGCUGUCCAGCCCAGCACGGUGGAAAUGUCCCCAGCGAGUCUCCUUCUGUCCACGAGUCCCCGCACCCUCCCUUGCCUGCAGCUGAGCCAGCACCUCGGUUAUCCAGUGAUGAGGGAGAAUGUGAUGAAAAAGAAGAGCCUGUUGAAAAACUGGAUUGUCAUUAUUCAGGUCAUCAUCCUCAACCAGCUGCUUUUUGCACAUUUGGUAGUCGGCAAAUUGGAAGAGGUUAUUACGUGUUCGACAAGCGAUGGAACCAUAUGCGAUGUGCACUUGACUUCAUGUUCGAGAAGCAUCUGAAUUCACAGAUGUGGAAGAAAAUUCCUCCAGCGUCUACUAACGCAGCAUCAGUUCGUGCACCACAUCGGACAAACUCAAUGCCUGCUUCACAGUAUGGUGUCAGUGCAGCAGGUUUCCUCUUACCCACCACGGUUAUGUCAUCGCCAGCAUUGGUGUCUCCUUCCUGCGUGUCUCUGAAUAAUAAAUCGGUACCAUCCCAUGGAACGACACUAAAUGCCAAUCCUGCGACUUUGGGUGCGGUGGAUCCUGUCUGCAGUAUGCAAUCGAGACAAGUGUCUUCAUCCCCUUCAACACCUACAGUGCUUUCCUCUGUACCUUCACCUAUGCCCAGCAAACCUCAGAAAAUUAAAUCCAGCAAAUCUUUUAAACCUAAGGAAUCUUCUGCUGGCAGUGGCACCUGUAACAGUACCGGCAGCGUCAGUAGCAGCAGCGGCUCAGGAAAGAAGCGUAAAAACAGUUCCGCACUGCUAGCACCUUCUCAUUCCACAGAGUCCUUUAGAAAAAACUGUGUGGUUAACUCUGGAAGCUCUGGGACCUCCUAUCACCCGUCGGUGACAGCCUCGUCCCACAGCGUUGGCCUCAACUGUAUGACGAGCAAAGCGAACUCUGUGAGCCUCAAACACGAGCAAUCAGGGAGGGGUCCUCCGACCGGGAGCCCUGCGGAGUCGAUAAAGAGGAUGAGUGUGAUGAUGAACAGCAGUGACUCCACGCUCUCCUUAGGGCCGUUUGUUCAUCAGUCCAGUGAGCUGACUGUAAAUUCACACAGCAGUUUUUCACAUUCGCAUACUUCCCUUGACAAAUUAAUAGGAAAGAAAAGAAAGUGCUCACCUGGUUCAAGCAGCAUAAACAGCAGCAGCAGCAGCAAAUCAAACAAAGUUGCCAAAUUGACAUCGAUGAACAAUGUUCACGCAAAACACACUGGUGCAAUCCCAGGGACACAAGGACUGAUGAACAAUUCUCUUUUUCAUCAGCCAAAGGCACGUCCCUGAUAGCUGAACGCACCCCGGUGAGAAACGGACUGGAUAAUUUUCACUACAAGCAAAACCUCUAUCUGGAUUUCUGGACUCCAAGAUGCCUUGACUUUUCCCAACUUCCCAUGGUCCUCAGGUGUGGAAAUCUACUGGACUGUCACUUAAAACAAGGAAUUUCCCUGAAGCCAUGUCUGUAGCAGUGAAUAUACUAGAAAUGGACACUGGAUGAAGUUCAGCCACAAAAUUGCUCUUAUCAGUGUUAAUGGUGGUCUGGACUUUUGCUACACAGCUGUUAGAUUUUACUUACAGGAGUACAUCAUCUUGCCACUAUUUGACAUAGAUUGGUUGGGCAAAGGAAUGUUUUCUGGGGGGAAAUAAACGUUACUGUUGACUUA